CCAGCAUUCAAACCAACAACCUCCAACACACACACACACACACACAGAGUACUUCAACGAACACCAACACGACCGAGGGAAAAAGGGAAAGUGUUCGAUUCCUGCGGCGGGAAGAUGAUGAGCCCACUCGGUCACAUCCAGUGUGUGGAGGUGACGACUGUGAUGCAGCUAUGCAUGUUCCUUGGUGGAUUUUGACUCUAACCUUUACCUGGUGACAGGACCCUGGACUUGUUAUUUCUGUCACCGCCUGACUGUUACAGUCCCUGCACACCCUAUAACACAGUCAGUCAUGCCGGAUGCUGCAGAGUGACAAGUAGCACUGGGAGGGAAAACUCAAGAGCUCCCAUCAGAUGUCUGCCGUGUUUGUGUAAGAAUGAGAAACUGAGUGGGGAAGAAAACGAAAAGCAAGUGAGACUGAAGGGGCUGUAGUGCUUGUGGUGGUGGUGGUGACAGAAAAGUAGAGCCAUCCUGUUAGUAGGUUGGCGGCACGUGAGACAGCCAGGGCCUGAGGAUGACCAGCCUAUUCAGACGCAGUAGCAGCAAUGGAGGCUCCAGAAGCAACGGAAGUGGUGGCGGGGGCGGCAGCGGGCAGGGUCAGCUCAACAACAGCAGACCCAAUCGGCAGGUCCGACGCCUGGAGUUCAACCAGGCCAUGGAGGACUUCAAGACCAUGUUCCCCUCUAUGGACUAUGAGGUGAUUGAGUGCGUGCUGCGCUCCAACAACGGAGCUGUGGACGCCACCAUCGACCAGCUGCUCCAGAUGAGCAUUGACGGACAGGGCUCAGAUGAUAGUUCAGACUCGGACGACAGCAUCCCACCAGAGAUUCUGGAGCGAACACUAGAACCUGAUAGUUCUGAUGAAGAACCUCCUCCAGUCUACUCUCCACCAACGUAUGAUAUGCACAUUUAUGACAGGAAAUACCCAGAAACCCCACCAACACCUCCGCCAAGAUUUGAAGUCCAGCCACCUCCCGGUCACCAGCAGGUCAGAAGCUACCGGAACUGGAACCCUCCUAUGCUUGGAAACCUCCCGGAUGAUUUUCUACGGAUUUUGCCGCAGCAGUUAAACAGUAUAAAGCAGAGCUCUCAGAGCAGUCAAUCCCAGCCUUCAUCGUCAUCCUCCCCUUCAGUUUCUUCAAUAAGCCAGUGGACAGCCCCGUCUGGUUCUCAGUCCGGAGCUGCGGGGACCACUGGAGGUGCGGGAUUGACAACGGGCGGCACAGAGCAAGACAAGAAACUGAAGCAGUACCUGGAAGACGAGCGCAUCGCCCUCUUCCUCCAGAACGAGGAGUUUAUGAGAGAGCUGCAGCGCAACCGGGAGUUCCUCAUCGCCUUAGAGAGAGAUCGCUUGAAGUAUGAAUCAAAGAAAUCAAAGUCCAGUAAUCCAUCUAGCAUGGAGAGUUCCACAGGAGAACAGUGCUCUGCAGCGUCAAUGGAAGCCAUCUCAGAUGACGCUCUGUUCAGAGACAAACUCAAACUCAUGGGCAAAUCAACAAGAAAGAAGCUGUUUGAAAUUGCCAGGACGUUCUCAGAAAAGACGAAGAGGAGAAAGUCAAAACGAAGGACGCUUCUGAAGCACCAUUCACUGGGCACAGCCAACUCUACAGCCAAUCUCCUAGACAAUGUGGAGGGAAACCCCUGUGAGGAGGACGGUCAGCCGAGGAGGGCAAACACUCAGGAAGAGGCUGAACAACGUAAUGAGCCAAUAUCAUGAUCCUCCCGUGCUGCACCGUGUCAGGGUUACCGUGGAGGAAGCAACGUGAUCCAUGGGUGGUGGCCUUGCAGCUCUUCCUGUCUCCACCUGCUCACCCCCCACCCUCCUCCAGACCAGCCAAUAACAAGGCUCAGCAAUGAGUUGAGACCCCCCCCCCCCCUCUUCCUUCCCUUCCUUUUCCAACGGAGCAGAAAUGGGCCGACUGUCUAUAAACGUCUUAUCUUAUCUGUAUUAUAACACUUUGUUGAUAUAUAAUUUUAAAUGUAAAGGAGCAUUAGUCCUCACCAGUAUUUGUUAAUGGCUUCCUUUAGUUCACUGAGAGGAAACACACACCUUGUGACCCUUUGUUACUCCUCCUGUUGUGUUCGGUAGCAGACGAUAUGUUUGUGGGGUCCCUCAGGCUGGGCAUUUCAAAUCCAAAGUGUGCACAUUCCCCUUUAUAUACACUAAACCAUGUAGAGCUCUUUUUUACCAUGUUUUCUUAUCCAGAUUGUGAUAUUUUGCUGUUUCUCAACGUCAGGGGUUAUGUAACUGAAAUUCUUUACUGUCAGAAUCUUAAGGCCGCUCGUGAUGUAGCUCACCCGAUGUCAACACUCGUCCGUGGCCGUGAGAACCAUGAUCACAGUCAGAAGACGGUGCUCCUUUAAAGAGAGACUGGUUUGGUUUCUUUGUCCAGUCUAUUGUAGCAGCACUAACAGCAGCACAGGUAGAAGCUGUGAUGAGAUGUGUGGUAAGAACAUUAAACAUGGGUGACAGACCUGGGUGUCACGCUUUCAAAUUGCAAACAGCAUUAAACUUUGAAACCAGCAAACAAGCUGGUGUCGUCUGUACUGAGUACAGCACGAUUUCAGACAGCGUGUCCCUCAAGGUGUGUAGUGUCCGACUCAGUCGUUCACCUUCAAAGAAAGGGACCUAGUUGGGUGAAGAUUGGGGGAAAAUAUAAGUCACACACUAAAGCAGUUUACUUUGAGAGAGACUGACAUUUUCAGUUUCAUGGUUUCACAAAAUUGUCAAUUUCUAAAUGACAUUGAAAACGUGAGAGGCAGCCGAGUGAGUGGGACAUCCCCACACAACUACUACACAACUUCAAUGUCUGGUUUAAUGGCAGAAAAGCAGGAAGGACAAAUUAAAAAUGUUUUCCAGAAGCCAGUGUCUGAUGGGUGAGGGUUCUCAGUCACUGCACCAGUGACUCCUCAUGAUCACCCCUGCUCACCCCAUGGUGGCGCCCCUGUGUCUGGCAGCUUAACAGAAACAGCGAUCCACAUAAAAGUUUUGAAAAUAAUAGCAAAAGAAUAUCUAGCGCUCGUCAGAGCUGACGAGUAGCUACCAGAUGUCAACAUCUACCUCCUUCUACCCAUAAGCCCUUGCAUUUUUAGGGUCCUGUCCUGUUGGUUUGCUUUAUGUUUUCACUCCUGCCACCUCCAGAGGAACUUUGCUGAUGAUCUGCCGGGUUUUCCACAACUCUCGCAUUAAACAGUUUCUGCAAGAUGUUAAGGAAAUGCAGGUUAUCGCUCGGAGCUCUUUGCUGUAUCUCAGGUCGUCCCUGUCGUCUCCGAGCAAGUCACGUCAGAAAAUGAAUGGUUGUGAUGUUUGGGAGGAUGACACUGAAGUUGGAGACUGAAGUUGGGCAAAAUGGAAAAAAAAAAAAA